AUGGCGCGUGACAAGCUCCCCCUCUUCCUGCCUUCCAGCCCAUCCCCGCCUGCACCCGACGCACCCGAUGCUGCAGCGCCGAGCCGCGAGGGCACCGAAGAGGCAGAGGAAGUACCAGCGCCCAUCAAGAAAGAGCCCAGCUUCACCGGGCCCGCUGGACCGAACGCCCCACGAACCGCCGGGGGCGCCGCGACGUUGAGCCGCAGCCGGAGCGAAAACCGGAUCGUCCAGCGGCAGGACUCCAUCCAGGAGGAAGCGUCGCCGACGCCGACUCCCCCACCGCUGCUCGCGUCCCGCAAGCGGAGGCGCGUCGGCACCGGCGCGGGCGACGAUGAGGGCGCCGCGCCGGCUGACGAUGCCGCAGCGGGGUCUGCGGUGUUCGGGGAGGCGGGGAGGCUCGUCGACCGCAUGUUUGCCAGGAUCGCCGAGAUGGAGGCGCGACUUGAGGCGGUCGAGGGUAGACUGAGGGAGUCCCGGGAGGAGGUGAAGGCGUUAAAAGAGGAGGCUGAGUCUAGGGCGGAGCAGGAUAAGCGGCUGUCGGCGGAACUGACGAAACUGGAGGAACAACAGGAGACGAAGGCCUCCAAGGCGCUGGUGAUCAGCCUGUUGAACGGGCAACAGGAAGCGAACCGGCGAGAGUUGGAAGCACAGCGACGUCGGGACUUGCCCGUGUGGAUAUUUGUGUUCCAGGUGAGCCUCCAGUCUACGGCAAGUUUCGUGUCAGAGGAUCAUGAGACCAUAUGUCUUUAG